AUGUCACCACCAGUUCAUGCGCCUAUAUCACCCCGGGGGACGAUGACGAACAGGGUAGCCCUCGUGUCGGGUUCGUCAAAAGGCAUUGGGGCUGGAAUUGCAAUGGAACUCUCAAGUCGUGGAGCAAACAUCGUUCUGAACUACCCUUGGGGUUCUUUGAAGCAAGAAUGCGAAGCUACUGGAGCGAAACUCCAAACUGAUUGGAUCGCGGUCUGUGCCGACCUCACGGCGGAUGAAGGGCCAGAAGAAUUGGUGCGCCAAGCUGUGGCAAGGUUCGGUCACAUCGAUAUCCUCGUGAGCAAUGCCGGAUACGUGCCCAUUGCACACCUCUGGGACGCUGACUUGAGCAUGUGGGAUCAAGCCAUGAACCUGAAUGCACGCGGCGCUUUCGCACUGGUCAAAGCAGCGCUCCCACAUCUCACGCCUUACGAAUCGGCCGACCCUCCGAACAUGUCUGGUGCUAUUGGCGGCUCCCGCAUCAUCAUGGUGGGGUCAGCGGCGUCCCGAGUACCGAAGCCGACUCAAGGAAUCUACGCAGCGACCAAAGGGGCUUUGGAUGCAAUCUUGCGUGUUUGGGCAAAGGAAUUACCGCCGAAGUAUGGCUGCACGGUCAACAUGGUUGCACCAGGCCCAGUGCUGACAGAGAGUUUUCUGGAGCACUUCUCUCCCGAAGAAUGGGAAGGAUUGAGAGAAGUCUUCAUCAGAGAUACACCGGUGGAAGGUGGUGCGGCAUCUGUUGAAGAUGUCGCAUGGGCAGUUGCGUUCUUAGCUGAGGAGCGAUCACGGUUCAUCAACGGCGAGUACAUGUUUGUGACAGGCGGUGUGUCCAUGCAAUAG